UUUUAAAAUUGAUAACUUGUCUUAAGAUUCAUAGAUUUUAAAUCUAUGUGUAGCCCAAUUUUUAUAAUUUUUAUUAAAACUUAAAUCUAAGUCCUCUAAGUUAAGCGAUCUGUAAUUUAAAAAGUCGAGAAUGUGUGAUGGUGGUAGAAAUGUGAGUGCCUAUAACCAGCAAGAUGAGACCAGCAGUGUGUGGGCAAUGAUCCAGCCUCACAUAGGGAAUUUACUGGAGGAUGCUUUCACUGGUGUACCCGGGCUCAAGACUUUCUCGGACAUCUUGAAGCCACUUCUAGAGAAGUGGCUCAACAGUUUGCUGGGCCAGCUCUAUUGGUGCCAGACCAACCACACAGCAGCUCUCCAUGAUGGAAUAACUCACGCAGUGGAGAGCAGUUUCUCUGAGGUGAACCAAACGGUCCUAGCCAGUAACGAGAGCCUCAAGCUAAGCCUGACCUCCCAGCUGAAGAAUAUUAUUGAGAUGGAUCUGUUUAAUCUGUUGGUUGUUAAUUCUUCAGAUUUCACAACACACCAGCCAAAGGAUUUCUUCCACAGUCUUCCACUGAAGGAUGAAACUCUGUUUGUGGCUUUGGUCUGCAUGGGCAGCAUUGUCCCCAUCAUUUUUAUUUCUCUUUUCUUCAUCUACUUUUAUAAGAGGAGACAUGCAGACUUGGAGAGAAGGAAAGAGAUGCUCCUGCGAGACCAGUCUGAAAUGUCAAUGGAAGACUACAGUACAAGACCUCAGACAGAUUUGGACAUCACAGUGGUGUCCACUGGCUCUACUAGCUCCUCCCCCAUUUGAUCAACAGCGGAUACCUCACAGCAGGUGUUAGCCUAGUUGGAGUAAAGAGAUGUAUGAUAAAGCUGUAUGAUACUGCAUUUAGAUCUGUAUGCCCAAUUGAAGUGAAAUAAUAUUGUUUGAAAAAACCACAAGAUAUGGCAUGUAGAUCAUCUAUAUUUCCAAUUAAACCACUAUUAUAAUUAUAUUGUUUUAUAAAGCUUUACAGUUAGGUGUAUAUACCUAAUUAAGGUACAAUCAUACUAUUUGGUAUAGCAUGUAGAUUUCUGUGUCCAGUUAUAUUGUUUGAUAACGCUUCAAGAUACAGCACAUAGAUAUCUAUAAUCUUAAUUUAAGUAUUCAAGUAUAAUUAUAUUGUUUGCAAAAGCUCUGUAUUAC